AUGGAAUCCAUUUAUCGAUUGUUCUUUCUACAAAUUCUAUUCCUUGUGUUUCAAACUUACAUCGUCGUCGCACAGAGUGAAUUCUGCCCAAAUGGAUGGAAGUUUUCGCCGGCCACCGAGCAUUGCUACUAUUUGCAGAAUUUCACUGUCACCAACGAGGGUUUCUGGGAACUCUAUGACUUUGCAACAGCUGAAGCAAAAUGUCGGCAAAUGGGUGCCCAUCUAGUCUCCAUCCAUUCUUGUUGGGAGGAAACGUUUAUCCGCGAAUUAAUUGCUUCUGCGGUCAAGAACGAAGAAUGGGCUGUAAAGGAUUCGGAUCAGUGCGGGCCCCAGCCCUCAAAUCCGUGUGAUGCUCAGCCAGUCUUCACUGGUUACUUUGGAUUGGGUGGGAUCGGCGUGGGAACCUGGACAGAUGGAUCUCCAUUUGAUUAUUUCAAUGAUGAGCCGGACAAAACCCCUAAAGUCUGGGCGAUCGAGAACGACAAAUCGUGUUGGCCACCAGAAGGAGGCAAACGUUUGCUUCGAGAA